AGAUAGCCUUCUACUUUGUAUUGAGAAAAAAUAAAGAGAAAAGCGAAGUGUCAUGAAGAAUGUGAUUAUUAUGAGUAGAGGAAAUUAACAUCCACCAAAACAAAAAAAGCUCUCAAAUAUCAAAAAGCCAACUCCUCCUCUCCUCUCUCUACUCUUUAUCUCUCUCUUCUCCGAUCUCGCCUGUUCGUCUGGAUUUGAUGGUGGCAUUUUGAGUGGAAGCGGAAGAAUUGAAAGCUUUGUGAAAUGGCGGGGGAAGGAACGUUGUCGUUUUCACUGGCCUCAGUAGUGGAGGAUGUACUGCAACAACACGGCAAUAGAUUGAGGAAUUUUGAUUUGGAGUCUAGAAAGGCUGAGGAAGCCGCGUCAAGAAGGUAUGAAGCCGCUGGGUGGCUAAGAAAAAUGGUCGGAGUAGUUGCAGCUAAAGAUUUGCCAGCUGAGCCUUCAGAGGAAGAGUUUAGGCUUGGAUUGAGAAGUGGGAUUGUCCUUUGUAAUGCUCUUAACAAAAUUCAACCUGGAGCCGUGCCUAAAGUAGUCGAAAGUCCCGAGGCUGCUCUCAUUCCUGAUGGAGCAGCGUUGUCUGCAUUUCAGUACUUUGAAAAUGUGAGAAAUUUCCUUGUGGCGGUGCAAGAGUUGGGGCUUCCUACCUUUGAGGCUUCUGAUCUUGAACAGGGUGGAAAGUCUGCAAGGGUUGUGAAUUCUGUGCUAGCACUUAAAUCCUACAGCGAGUGGAAACAGACAGGUGGAAAUGGAAUUUGGAAAUUUGGUGGAAAUAUAAAAUCUACUACUUUGGGGAAGACUUUUGUCAGAAAAAAUUCAGAGCCAUUCACGAAUUCCUUGUCGAGAACCUCAUCAAUGAAUGAAAAGGCUUUAAAUUCUCACUCUUCAGACCUUGACUCUAAUAAAAUGUCAAGUUCUGCUUCAUUGAGUAUGCUUGUUCGUGCGGUUCUUUCAGAUAAGAAGCCUGAAGAAGUUCCAAUAUUGGUGGAAUCUGUGCUCAGCAAGCUAGUGGAGGAAUUUGAGCAUCGCAUUGCAAGCCAAUAUGAACAACAGAAAACAUCUCCAAAAGAUAUUGCUGCUGCGUAUGGCAAGUCUGUGCAGAAAUCUGCUGUUGUCGAUAAAAAGCUAGAAGACAAAAAUUUCAAAGUGACGAAGAAAGAGGAAUGCUUCCGUAAAAAUUACAUUCCUGAUGAGGAACUAAAAAAGAGGUCUCUAAAACAGCAAAUUAUCUUUGAUCAGCAACAAAGAGACAUUCAGGAACUAAAGCAUAACAUUCAUACUACAAAAGCUGGUAUGCAGUUUAUGCAAAUGAAAUUCCAUGAGGAGUUCAGAAAUCUCGGUAUGCACAUUCAUGGUCUAGCUCAUGCUGCUUCUGGUUAUCACAGAGUUCUUGAGGAAAAUCGCAAGCUAUACAAUGAGGUGCAGGACCUCAAGGGAAGUAUCCGUGUCUACUGUCGAGUGAGACCAUUCUUAUCUGGACAGUCAAAUUAUAUGAGCACUGUUGAUUAUAUAGAAGAGGGGAAUAUUGCAAUUAACACACCAUCUAGGUAUGGUAAAGGAUGCAAGUCCUUUAGCUUUAACAAAGUUUUUGGGCCAUCUGCAACACAGGCGGAGGUUUUCUCUGAUAUGCAGCCACUGAUCCGAUCAGUUCUUGAUGGAUACAAUGUCUGUAUAUUUGCAUAUGGUCAAACGGGAUCAGGGAAAACUUUUACUAUGAGUGGUCCAAAGGAGCUCAAUGAGAAAAGUCAAGGUGUUAAUUACAGAGCAUUAGGUGAUUUGUUUCUUCUAGCAAACCAGAGAAAGGAUAUGUUCCGCUAUAACAUUGCUGUUCAGAUGUUGGAGAUUUAUAAUGAGCAAGUCAGGGACCUGCUUGUUACUGAUGGGAGUAACAAAAGAUUAGACAUUCGUAACAGUUCUCAAACUGGCCUUAAUGUACCAGAUGCGAGCCUUAUUCCUGUUUCAUCAACAGCUGAUGUUAUUGAUCUAAUGAACCUUGGACAAAAGAACCGUGCAGUCGGUGCAACAGCCCUGAAUGAUCGUAGUAGUCGCUCUCAUAGUUGCUUGACCGUGCAUGUUCAAGGCAGAGACUUGACUUCUGGAACAUCAUAUCGUGGAUGCAUGCAUCUGGUUGAUCUGGCAGGAAGUGAAAGGGUAAACAAAUCCGAGGUGACUGGAGAUAGACUGAAAGAGGCACAGCACAUUAACAAAUCUUUGUCAGCAUUAGGAGAUGUUAUCUCUUCUCUUGCACAAAAGAACCCACAUGUCCCAUACAGAAACAGCAAACUCACACAGUUGCUUCAAGAUUCACUCGGGGGGCAAGCCAAGACACUAAUGUUUGUUCACAUAAGCCCUGGACCUGAUGCCAUUGGUGAAACAAUAAGUACACUUAAAUUCGCAGAGAGGGUUGCCACUGUUGAACUUGGUGCUGCUCGAGUGAACAAAGAUAGUUCAGAUGUUAAAGAGCUGAAAGAACAGAUUGCAAGUCUUAAGGCUGCAUUAGGGAAAGGAGAUCAAGAUCACAUCCAACAUUCAAUCUCUGGCAGCUCUGAAAGGUAUAGAACAAAAACUAGUGAGUUGGGUGACCAAAACAUCUAUCGGCAAGCCAUGGCUGAUGUAGAGGUUCAAACCAACUCUGCAUCAAGGCAAAGGAGGCAGAGCUAUGAUCUUGAUGAGCUAUUGGCGAAUUCACCUCCAUGGCCUCCAGUUGUUAGUCCAGGGCAAAAUUAUGGGGAGGAUGAGAAAGAAAUAGGCUCAGGUGAAUGGGUAGAUAAAGUGAUGGUUAACAAGCAAGAAAUUGUAAAUAGAGUUGAAAACUCUCUUGGAUGUUGGGAAGCAGAUAAUGGGCAUUCACCUGAUGUCUUUUACCAGAAAUAUCUCCAAGAUUCUUCCAAAAUCUAUCCGGAACAACUCUUCAUGGGAAGCAACCAGUUCAAUGUUGCCACUUCAGACGAUCUAGAUGAUCUUGAUGCUGCUACCAGUGAUUCAUCUGAACCUGAUUUGCUUUGGCAAUAUAAUCAGUCCAAAUUUGCAAGCAUAACCAAUGGGGUUGAGUCAAAAACCAAAAAGCAAAAUUUAACAGGAGCAAAGCUCCCAGAAAUGAGGAACCUAAAUCCUAUGCUAGGCCCUUCACCUUCUUCAAGAAAACUAGCAAAUGGGGUUGGUGUCCCUUUACACCGAGGUGGGAGGCAGCCUGCUUCUGCAGAUGGGAAACGAAAAACUGGAAAUAGAAAAUAGGAGUGUCUUACCCACGUUUACAUGGCGAUUCUUUUAUCGUCUUUGAUUUUCUUCAAUUCUUUGGAGAGAAAGGUUCGUUGUUUUGUUCAUUAUUUUUAUUGUAAAUGUUAUAAUAUUAUAGUAAAAAUGCAGCAAUAAAUCCGGUUGCUCUUUAUAUGUGUAGUGGCGAGUUGUGAUGUAUCCUGACUGGGCUUGGUUUUGGUGAGAGUUUUUGUUUAUAUUUCCACUUUUAUUUUUAACGGAAUGAAACACCAAAAUGGGCUUAUUGGUUUGA